CCUCAGCUCGGGACCCACAAGUCGCGUCUGUAUCGUGUCAAUUACAGACGACAUUGCAAGUAAAAUCGGCCAGCCGCAGCAAGCAGCAACCAUCUCGACAACUAUCCCCAAUCUCUCAGCAUCAGUGAAUAACACCAAGCCUCGCAAGCCACGAGCAAGCAAAAAUCGAUCCAACUCUGCUCUUCGUCAUAUUCGCACCACAUACUAUCUGUUCAUCCUCAUAAAGUAAUCGACAAUGCUCGGGACUUUAGUCGGCCUCGCCAUGCUCGUGGCCGCCACAGUUGUCUUCCUCUACUACUCGAUCUGGACAUUGGCAAUGCCCUUCGUCGACCUCGACCACCCUCUCCACAGCUUCUUCCCCCCGCGCGAGUGGGCCAUCCGCAUACCCGUGAUUCUGAUCCUGCUAGGCUCGGCCGUCGUCGGCUCCUUCUUGAGCGUCGUUAUGAUCCGGAGCAACAGGAAGAAGGCCGCGAAGGCCAAGGCCGCUGCCGCCAAGAAGAAGGCAUAAAUCGGUGUUACAGAAUGACUAGAGAGCGGGAGAGACGGGGAGUCCCGGCAUCUGCUACACGACGAAAAUGAUAUUUAAUGGAAAGAGCGAGGCUCCUAUUCUUCGCGGCUGAGAGGGCAUAUGUCUCAGAGAGGAUUAUGAGAGAGCUUUAAAGGAAUGUUUAAACCCCUAACAAUAGCAAUGCCAUGGCGCAAUAGGUCAUUUACUGGACCCUUAAUCGUAUCCAAGAAUCUUAUUAGUGUUAUUUGACGCUAAUUAGCUUAAGAACCGAAUGGACUAAAUAGAGUAAACCAAGAAAGGCAU